AAACAUAAUUAACUCAAAAUUUAUCUUCUUACCUUCUCUUCUUUUAACCAAAAUUACCGUUCUUGACCCCUUGAGUAAGGUUAUGGCGAAGUCGUUUUUCACUCUCUUCUUGGUUCUUGCCCUAGCCUCAGCUAUUGCCUGUGGUGCAAGAAACGUCCCAGGGGGACUCUCUGACCAGAAGAACUACCUCGGAUACGGUGGGGGAUACUCCGGCAUCGGAGACAAUGGUUUACCUUUUGGUGGCGUCGGUGGAGGUGUGUCUGGUCCUGGUGGUAAUCUCGGUUUCGGUGGACUUGGCGGUGCUGCUGGUGGAGGAUUAGGCGGUGCCUUGGGCGGUGGCUUAGGAAAUGGGUUAGGCGGUGGAGUUGGUGCCGGAGCUGGUGGAGGAAGUACCGGAGGAGCUCAUUUCCCUUGAGUUGUUACUUUGUGUUUAAGGUUUCGUACGGUCCUUGAGCUAGGUCUAGCUUAAGAUAAUGUCAGGGUAAUAAUAACAUUCAUGUCUUUUUUUCGGUUUUGGAGUUUGGAAAUUUCAUUAGCUGUUAAACGUGUGUCUUAAGUUACUAUGGUGUUCUUAGAUUUGGCCUCGUGUCCUUGUCGUGUCAUGGCUUGGUCCAUUUUCAAAUUCUAUUUUGACCAUUUUCGAGUGUGUCACUUAAUGAAUUAAUGUCAACAUU